AUGGCGGCGUCAUGGUUGCAGCAGCAGCUCCAGCAGCAGCUCAAGGCGGCCGAGGGCCUGUUGGACGCGGUGGACCGCACAGUGUCAGCGGUCGGCCUGGCCGGCGGCGACGCCGCCCCGCCGCACGCCAGCGCAUCAGCGCUGCGCGGAGAGAUAGACGCUGCUGAGUCGCGCCUGGACGCGGAGCGGCGCGCGGGCGCCGCCGCCAAGGCCGUUGCCGCCGCGCGCGAGCGGGAGCUGGAGGGUCAGCUUCACGCCGGCGCCGCGGCGCUGGCGGCGGCGCGGCGCGCGGCGGACGGUGAGGCGGCGCGGCGGCGGGGGGAGGGGGAGCGGUUGGCGGCGGCGGAGGCGGAGGCGGCGCGACUGCGACGGGAGCUCGACGCCGCGCUCGGCGCCGAGCUCGCGAGCCUGUCCGCGCGCUGCGAGGCGGCCGAGGCCGCCGCCGCCGCCGCCGAGGCCGCCGCGGCCGAGGCCGUCGCCGGGGCGGCAGGCACGCCCGCGGCAGAGGCGCAGCUGUGCGAGCUUCGGGGUCUGCUGUGCGAGCGGCAGACACAGCUGGAGCGGCUGGCGGCGGAGAAGGGCGCGCGGCAGCUGCUGCUCGAGCGGCAGGUCGCGUCGCUGCAGCAGCAGCUCGCGCGGGCGCAACCGGAGCAGCAGCAGCAGGGGCGGCGGCAGCAGCAGCGGCAGCAGCGCCAGGGCUCACCGCCCUCCCACCGCACGCGUGGCGCGGCGCGGGCCCCCUCGCCCCCUCCCGAUGCGCUGGGAGAGCCUUAUCAGCGGACUCCCGUGCGCCGCGGCCGCCUAAGCAGCCUCGCCACCGCGGCCGCCGCCGCGCUCGACGCCGCGGCGGCGGCGGCGGCGCGCGUGGCAGGGCGGCACCCAGCCGCGCGGCUGGCGGCCGCGGGGUACCUGAUCGGCGUGCACCUGCUGCUGUGGGCUGCGGUGGCGCGCAUGCAGCGGGCGGCGCUCGCAGCGGCAGGCGGCUGCAGCUGCGGCGGCGGCGGCGGCAGUGCAGCAGGGUCCGUUGGGGGCAGCGGGGGCUGA